AUGCAGCCUUUAGAACCAAAUAUGUAUAAUCCUCCAAUGCCAUCUCCAGCAUCUGUUUCAAAAUCCGAGCUUUCUAGUUUGGAGCCAAUGGAAAAGGCAUCAUCAAACACUUUUAAGAGAUGGAUUAAAGAUAAGCUCGAUGAUUUCAAGCCUUCUGAAGGGGAAGUAAAAGAAAUGAAACCGAAUCUCUCAUCAUUUGCUUUACAAAUGCUUGCAAUUGGUGGAAGUAUUGGAACAGGUCUAUUUUUAGGAUCAGGUGAGGCUCUUGCAACUGGAGGAGCAGCUGGGCUUUUGAUCUGUUACACUUUGGUCUCCUUCAUGAUAUAUUUUAUGAUGCAAUGUCUUUCAGAGUUAGCAGUGACAUUUCCAGUUCCGGGUGCAUUUUCCCAUUAUUCUUACAGAUUCAUCGAUAAGAGCUGGGGAUUCGCUAUAGGUUGGAAUUAUUUUAUGCAAUGGCUUAUUCUUUUACCUUUAGAAUUGAGCGCUGCAUCCAUGACAUUUCGAUUCUGGCAAACGCCAAUCCCAGAAGGUUGGCUUAUAACGAUAUUUUUUAUCAUCAUAAUAAGCAUCAACAUGAUGCCUGUCCAAAUUUAUGGAUAUGCAGAAAUUGUCUUCUCCUUAUCCAAAGUGAUAUCUAUCAUAGCCUUUCUCAUUCUGGGAUUGCUAAUCCUUUUCGGUGGCAUUCCAAGAGUUGAGCCUGUCCUUGACAGAUACUGGAAGGAUCCGGGACCUUUCACACCAAAUGGUUUCAAGGGAAUUCUUUCCGUGUUUGUCACAGCUAGUUUCAGUUUCAGUGGCACAGAAAUGUGUGGUCUAUGUGCAGCUGAAGCAUCCAACCCUCGAAGGUCAAUUCCUAAAGCCUCAAAGCAGGUUUUCUGGCGGAUCCUCUUCUUCUAUAUCACCACAUUAACUUUGGUUGGGUUCUUGGUUCCAUACAAUAAUCCAAGAUUAGUUCCAAGAGAUUUGGACUCAUCGAGUGCCAAAGCACAAGUGAGUAGCUCGCCUCUUGUUCUUGCUUUGGCGAUCGCAAAGAUACCCGGUCUACCAUCAAUAAUGAAUGUUGUCAUUUUAGUGUCAAUUCUUUCUGUGGGAAAUUCUGCAAUUUACGCUGCAUCAAGAACAUUGGUUUCCCUCUCUCAGGGAGGAUCUGCACCUAAAAUUUUCGGAUACGUUGAUCGUAAAGGCCGACCACUUGCAGCCAUUUUGCUCACGCUUUCCUUCGGAUUGCUUAGUUAUGGUUCUUUAAUAGGCGAUGGAGCACAUGCCAUUUUUGUUUGGUUGCUUUCACUCUCUGGAUUGAGCUCUCUCUUUACUUGGGGCUCCAUAUGCCUUGCCAUGAUAAUUUUCAGAAGAGCCAUGAGUGUGCAGGGAAGAUAUAUUACCGAAUUGGGCUACAUUUCUAGCACCGGUCUAUUUGGUGCCUGGUUUGGCUUUAUAUUCUGCACAAUUGUGCUUGUGGCUCAGUUUUGGGUUGCGAUUUCUCCACCUGUCACUUCUGAAAAAAGCGUUUCUCAUUUCUUGAGAACUUGCUUGGGGGCAAUAGUGAUCUUGGCGUCUUUCAUCUGUCAUAAGAUAUAUCUUCGCAUCACAAGAGGAUCCUACUUUUUCGGUUUCAACGCUGCCGAGAUCGAUCUUAUAUCAGGAAGAAAGGAAGUUAAUAUAAUAGAUGAAGGAAAAGCGUACGAAGAAGAACGAUUAACAGCAAGAAAAAAGCCAUGGUAUGUUCGUUUCUAUCAUAUUUGGUGUUGA